GCCCUCUGUCAUGCAUACAUCCAACCAGCCGGCCCCACCCGCCUCACCUCAUCCGCACAAGCCAUGGAAGUCUCUUAAAACACACACAACACCCCACACCACAUCCAGUGGGCAAACCAAACGGCAAACAUGGACAGCCAGACAGACAGACAGCCACAGCCAGGCGAUGCCCCCCACUACCGGACAAACCGAACCUCGUAUGGAUGGUAUCUCUCCGCCUGCAGACAGGACAGAUAGCCACACACACACACACAGACACACAGACACACAGAUACAAACAGGCAGAGACCCCAUGCACCCACACACCCAGCAGAUGGGUGUGCGGCCGUGUGUGUCCAUCACGCAUCGAACCACAUACCUGCUAGCCCUAGUGGCCGUGCGGACACUGUCGUGACAGUGCUCAGUGACCGCACGCCGCCCCCGCCUUGCAGACACCACCGCAGCAGUGCUGUCCUGCCGGACAGUCGGUGUCCUUGACGCACCCCGUAGUGAUGAAAGAGUGGUGGUGGCCGUGGCAGACACCGUCGUGACAGUGCUCUCCUGGCCCACAGGGGGGGGUUGCACCUCUCCGGCUGGGCCCCGCUGAUGAGGUGCAUCUGUCGGUGGGCGCUGCGGAUGGCGUCGAGGGCGGUGCUGGCCAUCUCGUGGGCCGCCUCGCCCAUCUUGUGGGCCUGUUCCAUCAUGGACUUGGCCUGGUACACCUGCUGCUGCACGAGCGACAACUGGACCUGAUGGCCAGAGACACCUGCACAAACACAUUGCACACACCAUGCAGCAACACACAUCCAUCCAUUUAUCCAUCCAUCCAUGCCACCACGUGCGCAGUGCAUUCAUCUCGCAUUUGUGUGUGCCGUGCAUGUGUGUAUGCCGCACACAUUAGUUGCUGUGGGUGCCGGUCUGCAGGCGGGAGAUCUCCUUAGUGCGGCCAACAAACGAUGCAUCUGCACACAGCGGACAAGUAGGACAGUCACAUAUGGCUCAGGAGUGAUGUAUACGCCAUAGAUCUGGUCAAAUGCACCCACCAGUAUCGCCGUAGUUGCUGUACGUGGCCGAGGCCACAGCUACGGAACAGACGGCCGCCAAGGCGAUGAGGAGCGCAUACGAGGGACCCUUCAUCGCUGCCAACAACCAAAUCGACAACCAAAUCGCCGCGGAAAGCGAAAAACUUCCUUCCC